GGAUGCUGCUGACAGAGAAAGACAGAGAGGUGCAGCAGCAACUCCGCUGCUGCUGCUUUCAUAAAGAUGAAGACCUGUGCGUCUCUGAUGGGUUCGAUGUGGAGGACCUGCAAGCCUGCAGCAGCAGCAGCAGCAGCAACAACAGCAACAGCAGCAACAGCUCCUGCUACAGCAGCACAAGUACUAGCAGCAGCAGCAGCAGGCAGCACCAGCAAAAACAUCACUUGCAGCUGCAGCAGCAGGAUCUUCACGAACAUGAAGAGCUGCAGCAGCAGCAGCAGCAGCAGCAAAACGAAGAGACACAGCAGCAAUUUCAAGGAGCUCCUGCAGCUGCUGCUGUUGUUGCUGCUGCCGAGCCAAUGCUUGCUGCUGAGCAGCAGUGCCCUAGCCAGCAACAGCAGCAGCAGCAGCAGCAGCAGCAGCAGCAGCAAGAAGAGGCAGCAGCAUCAUCGCCAUCCACGGACGGUGCAGAUGAAGCAGCGGAAGACACUGAAGGAGCAGCAGCAGCAGCAGCAGCAGCAGCAGCAGCAGCGGCACCAGCACCUGCAGCAGCAACAGCAAGAGGUGCAGCAGCAACAGGAGCUGCAGCAGCAGCAGCAGCAGCAGCAGAAGCAGCUUCUCCCACUGGCCCUGAGGCGUUCAGUGCGGCAGCCUCGUCACAGCAUGCGAAGGAAGCAACCGCAGCAGCACCAACCGCAGCAACAACUGCAGCAGUACCAACAGCUGCAGCAGCAGCAGCAGCAGCAGCAGCAGAAGCAGCAGAUGCAGCAGAUGCAGCAGCAACAACAGCAGCAGCAGCAGAGUCAGCUCCCACACUUCUGCUGCCCCGUAGCCUGCGGUGUACUGACACCUCAAGGGGACGCCGCGUUGCUUCUUGCGAGCCCCCAGGCUCAGCAGCAGCAGCAGCAGCUGCUGCUGCUGCUGUUGCUGCUGCUGGAGGGCCAAGAAGCCACAGCUCUUCUCCCGUGAGGUGCGCGGAUUAUGCUGCUGCUGCUGCUGCUGUUGCAGCAAGACAAGCACGCAAAGACUGGCUCCGCAGCAGCAGCAAGAGCAGCCGAAGAAGCAGCAGCAGCAGCAACAGCAGCAGCAAACGACAGUCGUUGUCGCUUAGUGCUCUGGAUAUCAUGACAAACGACAAGGUAUUGAAGGGGCCCCUGGGGGCCCCUCUGGGGGCCCCACAGGGGCCCCCUCGCCAUUCUCCUGCAGCAAGAAGUGAGCCCUUGAGAGAUAGAACAGAAGACGCACUCAAUUUGCUGCUGGGGCUGCCUGCACCUGGAGAGGAUGGGCGUGCAGCAGCAGCAGCAGCAGCUGCUGCUGCUGCUGCUGCAGCGGAAGUUUCAGCUGCCGAGACACUCGAAAUAGCAGAACAAAGAGCAGGGCUAUACUGGGAUAACUCUAUACACCAGCAGCAGCAGCAGCAACAGCAGCAGCAGCAGAUUAAAGAAACAGAGGCCUCUUUCUGGAAUCGAGCAGCACCCACUUCUACAGACGAAACCGCAUCCCCAGAAGGGGGCCCCACAGCAGGGCCCCCUCAGGGGCCCCCCGAGGGGCCCCCGGAGGGGGCCCCUCAAGGGCCCCCGCAGGGGCAUCCUCAGGGGUCCCCUCAGGGGCCCCCCCAGGGAUCACUUCAAGGCCAUCCCCAGGGGCCCCCUCAGGGGCCCUCUCAGGGCCCCCCCCAGGGUACCCCCCAGGGGCAUACCCAGGGGUCUCCUCAGGGGCCCCUUCAGGGGCCCCUCAAGGGCUAUCCCCAGGGGGCCCCCCAUGGGCCCCCUCAGUGCCAUCCCCAGGGGCCCCCCGAGGGGCCCCCUCAGGGGCAUCCGCAGGGCCCCCCUCAGGGCCCCUCCCCCGAGGAUUCCUUUGAAAGGAACGCUGAGGGCCCUCAUACGGGGGCCCUCAGCGUUGCACAGGGGGCCCCAGAAGGGGGCCCCCCUGUGGAUAUGAUGAAGAAGGGGCCCUCAAAGAAGGGGGUGGAGGGGGGCCCCCCAAAGGAUCGGGGGCCCCCCGGGGGUGAGGGGAUUCGCAGGAACUUAGAUUGUGUUAUAUAG